AUGAUCUCGUGUGCUGGGCGGUGAAGCCGGCAGGGAGAGGCCAGCAGAGGCCCGGCUCCGGUGGCUCCAGCUUCCCUCCUGCUCUGGCUCCCCCAGGGCUGCUCUGGAAAUCUCUCGGUGCCUGCUGUUGCCAUGCGCUCGGCUGGGCCUCAUGGGGCCGAGUCCCCAAUGAGCAGGCAGGAGGAGAAGGAUGCAGAGCUGGACAGGAGGAUCGUUGCCCUUCGCAAGAAGAACCAGGCCUUACUGCGCAGGUACCAGGAGAUCCAGGAAGACCGUCGGCAGGCGGAGCAGGCGGGCAUGGCUGGGACCACGCCGGAGCUCCUCCGUCCUGACGGCCUCACUGUCACCAUCAGCCAGGUUCCUGGAGGGAAGCGGGUGGUCAGCCGGAACUGGGCAAGGAGCGCCCUUGGACCUGGAGCAGCCAAUGAGAUGCUUGAGGAUGAGGAGGCAGAGGCCCACGCGGGCGCCUUCCGCUUGGGGGAGCGGGUGGAGCUGGCUGUGAUCAUGGAAAACAAAGCCGAGGCCAAGCGGAUCGUAAGUGAGAAGCCCACCAGAGCAAGGAGCCAGGGGGCAGAAGGGUCACCUGGAGGGGGCUUGGGCCGGAGCUCCUCCCUGCAGAUGGCCACCGGCUCAGAUCCUGCCCGGAAGGGUGUCCGGGAGCCCCAGAGUCCAGGCCUGGUCCCAGGCCCAGCUCCCCGCCGGCCAGUGGGGGGGCCCCCGGAGGUGGGCUGGGACUACGCCCAGUGGAAGCAGGAGCGAGAGCAGAUUGACCUGGCCCGCCUGGCGCGGCACAGAGAUGCACAGGGUGACUGGCGCCGCCCGUGGGACCUGGACAAGGCCAAGCCCACGCCACAGGACUCCAGCGAGCCUUGGGAAGAGGGCCCGGCCAGGGUGGGCGGCACGAGGGGGGGCCCCAGGGGCCACCGAAAGCUACAGCCCCCACCGUUUCCCCCUGAUGGCAAAGGCGGUACUACUCGGGGUGGGCAAGCCAGCAGACCUUUGGUGGCGCUGGCCACGCACAGCAAAGCUCGGGGGACAGAGAGGCUGACUGGCAGGGCCCGCAGGUGGGAAAUGAAGGGAGGCAAGGAGGAGCUGGAGAGCCAGGAGGGAAGCCCAAGCACCAGAAGGACUCCAGAUGAGAAGGAACAUGCGCAAACUCCGAGCAGGAUGGAGCCGGGCGGACCCAUGAGUGUCCCAGCAACCAGCCCAGCUCCAGCAUCAGCAUCACCAGAGGAGCCAAAAGGGGAGUCAGGAGCUUCGACAGCCAGUCCUGAGCCUGGCUCUCCACGAAACACGGACUUGCUUCCCCUUGACCUCUCUCUAGGAUGUGCCAGUAGCCCUGGGCCUGGGGAGAGCACGUGUGCGCUCAGUCCAAGGCCUGGGACCCAGGAGAGCCCUGUGUCCUGGCUGGAGGGUCACGAGCAGCCCCUGGGGUGGACCGAGCCCCAGGCUGAGCCAGAAGCCCAGACUUGUUCUGGGCCCCCAAAAGAGGCAGGGCCCCUGGAACCCAGAGAAGACAGGCCUGGCAAGGCUGGGGCCCAGCAGGUCCUGGCACCUCGAAGCAGACCCCCCAGAGGAGGCAGCCAAAGGGCAAGAGGCGCAGGAGGUAUGAGGCGCAGGACAGGGGGUCCUGCCCCUGCAAGAAGAUGCUGAGCAAAGCUCUCGGGGGCAGGGGGCCGGGCUGGGGAGGGGAGGAGGGAAGACACCAUCAAAAAUCUUUGAGCUCUGGGCACGCGCUGGCUGGCGGCCGUGGCAGCCUGGCCGAGCAGUUUGGCAGACUCUCCAGUGGGGUGACACUGUGAAGGCAACGAACCAACCCCUGCACCUCACGGGCACCCCCCCCCCCCCCGUGCACGUGUGUGCUCUCACCUGCAGGUAGAGCCCCUGGCAUAUCCCCACGCCACACCUGGUCUGUGAGGCUGGCAAGCCCUGCCCCAAGCCUACUGCUGCCCAGGCCACAAGCUCCCUGACCGUGGCGAGAUGACAAGGCUUGGAAGCACUCAGCACCUGGCUCUCCUGGCUCCCAUCACCCCCAGGGCCUGGCCUGCCUCUCCGGCUGCCGGCUCCUGGCUCCUCAGGUACAGACAGCCUCAGCAGCUGGCAUGGCCAGCCCAAGCUCGGGCCCUUUCCUACACCCCUGCCUCGCACCCAGGUGAAUCACAGUCCAACACUCACAGGAUGGCCAACCUGGGGAUCUCACAAUCAGCUGGCGGCCUCCUGCCUUUCUCUGGGCCUCAGCCUCCUGGAAGAGGAGGCUGAGGCCCAGAGAAAGGGAGGCCACAGCCAGCAGGGACAGAGCUGGGGACAGAAGAGUAGAGCUCAGGUCUCUGUGAAAGGAAGGGUCUCUGGAGAGUCUCUGAAAUGGGGCGGUGCGGGGGGAGGAAGGAGGGGCCAGCUUCCUCUCCCCACAGCAGGCGCAGAAGCCCGCCGUCAGGGACCUCGUCCCCCACCCCCAGGUCAGACAUGGAGUGCGCCCUGAACGGGGGCAGAGGGAGCCUGCCACCCAGGGCCGUUUCCUGCCAUCUCCAGCUUCCUCCUCCCACCGCCUCCCUGCCCAGUGUCAUGCCAGAGCAAGGUCUCAGGCAGUGACCCAAGAGGCAGAGAAACAGCGACUCCAGCUAAGUAUGACAUCAGGACUUGUCUUUCCUACUUAGUCUCCUUUCCCGUCCCUCCCCUGAGGCCCACGUCUCCGCACAAGCUGUGGCUUCCUCUCAAUUCAACAAACAUUUCCUGAGCACCCACUACCAGCAAUGCAGCUGGUGGGCGACGGUGACUUUGCCAGCAAGAGGGAGGGAAGAAACCCCUGCAUCUGGCAGACCCAGGCUGCGCAGCAGGAGCCGUCCUUGGCUGUAGGGGCCCGACAGGGGCUGGGGAUGGUAGUAGGAGCCCAGAGGGAACCAUCCCGCCACUGCUCGCAAAGGCAGGCACUUCUCCCUUUCUCAUCGUGUGUACCCUUUGCCCCCAGUCCCCUGCUAGGAUCUCCCCACGUGGCUCGGCCACGGCUGUUCCUCUCUGCUGAGGGUCCUGGGCCUCACCAGCCUCUCUGGGCUCUCUAGGGAGUGCCCGGAUCAUCCCCAGCAUCUCUCCACUGUCAGUGAGGCCUAAACUGUGGCUCAACUGUGUGAAGGCUGGGCUUCCUCACUGGCUCUUGCUCCGCUCUCCACCCCCUCUAUUGAGGAAGCAUGAGGAGGGGGUGUCUUUUUGGCAGAUCAGAUUGUUUAGAGCAGUGCCUCUCCUACAUUAAGGUGCAGAGUAAUGCAGAUUCUAACUCGGGAGGUCUGGGCUGGGCCCGGGAACUUGCAUUUCUAUUAGGCUCCGAGUGCCGCCUCUGCUGCUGCUUCCUGGACCACAGUGUGAGAGUAAGGGUUUGGACUAGAGUGUAUGGAGGGCUAGGGGCAAGGACAGACUCUAGACUCGAAGGGCUGGCCGCUGGCUCUGUAGGGGAUGGAGGCAGGCUGCCCCUGCCCGGUGGGGGCUUCCUGGCCUCAGAGUUGGGUGGGACACUGGCGCACUGGGUAGAUGCUUGAGAGUGGGUGGUGUCAACUUCCUGUAGUGGGGAGUGAGAAAGCUGGUUGGGAACGGGAUGAGGUGAAGGGGGUUGGAAGAGGUGAGGACUGAUCAGAGGAAUUUUGGAAAGGCUUGGGAACAUUCUGUGCCUGAGGGAAGAAGACCCCUGUGAGAUAUGAAAAGGCAAGGGUGAAAGAGUCCAAGCUCAAGCUUUCCUUUUGCCUUCCAGUCACAUGUGCGUGGCUUUGGAACAUGGCACUGGCUCUGCAACUCACGACUCCCAAAGGAUGGAGCUGGGGUAGAGCAGGUUCGGGCAGCCUCGAAUUCAGAUGUCUCCCAAAUAAUUGUGAUCCAGAAUUUGAAUUCUAAGAUUCACAAACUUCCCCCAGCCCCCAGUGCCCCCGAGUGUACAGAUGUGCCUUCAUUAAAGGGUCUGUGCCAAGGCAUGUUUGACUAUGGGAUGGGGAUGUAGAACUUGGGCAGAGCUCUGGUUGAGGCCUCACAGCAAGACCUAAGCAGGAGAGGAAGCUGGACAAAAGGGCUAUGGAGAAAUAGGCCUUCUCUCCCUUCUGGAUGUUAGGAGAAAGGGAUGUCAUGGGAAUGAGUCACUAGGGCUUGGAGAGAAUGGAGUCUGGCACAGGACGUCUUCAUGGCAGGAGGACUGUAGUGCAAGGCAAGCGUCACCGAACUUUUCUCAAAAAAGGGGAGCCCUUCUUCAGGAGCAAUGAACCAGCAGCUCUGGGGGCCACCCCUCCUGCUCUAGGAUGGAACCAGCUAAGGAACAGGUGGGAAGCGUAGACAUCCCUCCACAAAGCUCAGGACCAUGGAAGGCUGCUCUGUUUCCUUCUGGCUCCUUUGGUUAAAAGCCUGGCUGAGAGCCGUCUUCUUGGAUUCCCUGCUCCUCUCCAACCAACAGACAAGACUGCUCCUCAAAGGUGGGAAGUUCUUCAUGGGACACGGCUUCAGGAGCCCAGGCACAGAGCUGGAGGAACUGACAAGGGAGAGUGCAGUGGGUAGUAGGGAGCCAGCAGGGAGAUGACAGCUUUACCUAAGGCCUCAAAACAAGGAGGGCAGAAGAGGUGGAAAGCAUCUCUGUCCUGGCCCAUAUCCCCUUACGGGGGGAGCAGCAGACCACAUUGUGUAACCACAUUGUGUGAUAGGCAGCAUGGUUGAGGGGAACAAACAUGGGCCUUGGAAUCUGAGAGACUGAAUCCGAAUCCUAGGUCUGCCACCUGCUAGCUGGAUGACUCUGGUCAAUUUUCACAUCUAAAAGCCUCAGUUUUCUUGCCUGCAAAAUGGAGCGAGUAAUACCUAUGAUGAAGGGUUGUUAAGAAGAAGAUGAGAAUAUGCAAAAUAUACCUGGCACACCAUAGGCACUCUAUUCACAGGAGCACACAGAAGGCACUCAGUAAAUAUCUGUCAAAUAAAUAAAGUAGCUAUUUGUUGUGA